AAAAUCUCUUAUCUUCUUCCUCUCUCUCUCUCUCUCUCCUUCACCACCAAUUGCUCCCCAACAACUUGUCCCCAGAAAUACAAUUUGCUCUUUAUUCUUCUUCCCUUUUCUCCAUUUCUGUUACUUAUUCUCUAAACCCUUUCUCUUCACCUACAUUUCUGCUAAGCUACUCUCAGAACGAUCCAGCAAAGCAAGAAACCAACCGAACAAAAAAGGCAGACAUUCUUGAUUUAAAACCAGGAUCAAGAAAGAGAGAAACAGUAACUGGAAAAAACCACAGAUGAAGAUACAGUGUGAUGUCUGUGAGAAAGCUCCGGCGACGGUGAUAUGUUGUGCCGACGAAGCAGCUCUGUGCCCUAAAUGCGACGUCGAGAUUCACGCCGCUAACAAACUCGCUAGCAAGCACCAACGCCUUCAUCUCAAUUCUCUCUCCACCAAAUUCCCUCGUUGCGACAUCUGCCAAGAGAAGGCAGCUUUCAUUUUCUGCGUAGAGGAUAGAGCUCUGCUUUGCAGAGACUGCGAUGAAUCGAUCCACGUUGCUAAUUCUCGCUCUGCUAAUCACCAGAGGUUCUUAGCCACUGGGAUCAAAGUUGCUCUGAGCUCGAGUAGUUGCAGUAAAGAAACCGAGAAGAAUCAGUCCGAGCCUUCCAACAAACAACAGAAAGCUAAUCAGAUUCCAGCUAAAGCCCCAAGCCAGCAACAACCUGACUCUGCUACUUCUCUCCCGUGGGCUGUUGACGAUUUCUUCCACUUCUCUGAUCCUGAAUUCACCGAUAAGAAAGGACAGCUUGAGCUUGGGGAGUUAGAUUGGUUUUCAGACAUGGGUUUCUUCGGUGAUCAGAUUAAUCAGGAGACUCUUCCUGCAGCUGAAGUUCCUGAGCUUUCUGUGUCGCAUUUAGGUCAUGUUCAUUCAUACAAACCGAUAAAGUCGAAUGUUUCAUACAAGAAGCCGAGGCUAGGGAAGAUCAGAGAUGAUGAUGAUGACGAGGAGCACUUCAUUGUCCCUGAUCUAGGCUAAAAGCUAUGUGUAGACAUUCCUCAAUGGAAAAGUAAGAAGAAAGAUAAAGAAACCUAUCUGCAUAUGGAUGAUGCGUGGAGCCAAUGUCAUAUCUUUAGUUUCGUCUACGUUGAGUAAGCUAUAUGUUAAGGGCUUAUUACACAUUUCCUCUCUUUUUUGUCCGAAUCUCUGAUGAGAUGUUUGUGUUUGAGUGUGUUCAUAUACCUCUUGAACAUGGUAUUUGCUAUAUGCUUGGUGCUACAAACUCUAAUCUAAACUCGAAUAAAAGAAAUCUUGCUUUGCUACUUAUCUCUUGCGUUUCUCUGUAUCGUAUUUCCUUACUCUAUCGAUAACCCUAGCCCUUGAGACUAA